AAGGCGUUAUCAGAAGGUGAAGGAGGAGCAGACGGGUGGUCUGGCGGCUUUUUAUUUUCUUGUCCAGUUUGGUUAAUAAUGUCUUCGGUGCGAGUUGCGGUCCGAGUCCGUCCUUUGAGCAAAAGAGAAAAGCUGUUAUCUUCCAAGGUGAUAAUCCACAUGAAAGGGGACACAACAUCUAUUCAUAAGCCUUCAUCUGGUCGAGGGGAGAAACUGAAGGACAGAGGGAAAACGUUUUCCUACGACUUCUCCUUUGACUCAUCUGAUGUGAACAGUCCCACGUUUGCAUCGCAGGAGAAGAUUUUCAAGGACUUGGGCUCUGACGUUGUAAAAGCAGCAUUUGAUGGUUUCAACACCUGUGUGUUUGUGUAUGGUCAAACAGGCUCAGGGAAGUCUUACACCAUGAUGGGACAUAAGUUGGAUAAAGGUUUGAUCCCGCGGAUCUGUGAGGGACUGUUCCAGGAGAUAUCCAACAGAAGCAAGAGCGACGGCGUGUCAUUUCACACGGAGGUCAGCUAUCUUGAAGUUUACAACGAGCGCGUUCAGGACCUCCUGAAGAAGAGACCACCAUGCUCAGAAGGUGGAGGCUUGAAAGUCAGGGAGCACCCUACAGAUGGACCCUAUGUUGAGAAUCUAUCAAAACAUGUGGUGCACACCCUGUGUAACAUGGAGAGCCUGAUGACCGUCGGCAAUGCCAACCGCACCAUUGCCAGCACAGGCAUGAAUGACUUCAGCAGCCGCUCACACACCAUCUUCACCAUAACCUUUACCCAGGGAUGGUUUGAUGGGGAGCUGCCGCAUGAGAGACGGAGUAAGAUCCACCUGGUGGACUUGGCCGGCAGUGAGAGAGUCAACAGCACGCAGACCACAGGCAUCAGGUUGAAGGAAGGUGCCAACAUCAACAAAUCCCUGGUCACCUUGGGCAGCGUGAUCUCAGCUCUGGCUGACCUCUCAGUGAGUGGACAGUCGGCAAAAAAGAAGCAAACGUUCAUUCCUUACAGAGACUCUGUGCUGACUUGGCUACUGAAAGAUAGCCUCGGGGGAAACUCCAUAACUACAAUUAUAGCAACCAUCUCUCCUGCUGACGUGAACUACGAGGAGACGCUAAGCACUCUGCGCUUCGCCAGCCGGGCUAAAAGCAUAGUGAACACCCCCACAGUGAACGAAGAUGGCAGCACCAAGGUGAUCAGAGAGCUGCAGGCCGAGGUCGCGAGGCUCCGAUCACUACUAGCUAAAGCCGCUCAGGUCUCUGAUGGGGACUGGUCUACCUCUAUAAAGGACAACCUGCAAUGCAAUGAAGAAAAGGCGGAAAGUGUGGCUCUGAGAAAAGAGGGGAGCGGAGUCGUCUUGGACUGCCAGUUACCUCAUCUGAUGAGCAUCAAUGAAGACCAGCUCGCCACAGGAGUCUAUUUGAAAGAGGGCAGAACCUGGAUUGGUAGUGAUGGAGCCUCAUGUAGUCAGGAUAUUGUGCUUUCUGGACCUGAACUCCUCCGUGAACACUGCCUGCUUGAGAACUGUGCUGGGAUUGUUACUCUGCUCCCUCAGGAUGGCGCGCUGUGCUCAGUUAACGGCUCUGUGGUCACACAUCCCUGCCAGCUGACUCAUGGUGCAAUUAUACAGCUAGGAAGAGGACCCAUCCUGCGCUUUAACCACCCAGGUGAAGCUUCACAGCUGAGAGAGAAACAGCAGAGUGGGCUGCUGUCUGCAUCUUCCCUUUCUUUGACUGACUUGUCCAAAUCUGGAGAGAAUCCAUCCAAGGCGAAGCUGCAAAACUCUGGUCAGAUGGAUGUGCUGGCUGCAGGGAGCGAGUCCAAAGACCAACAAAUUUGUCCUAAAUCUACUCCUACAGAGAACCUAAUUACAGCCAUUCCUGAAAGAGAUCCUGUCCCUCAAACACUCUUCCAGUCGGGCGGAGAUGCACUUCAGGGUCAAGGAAGCAUCUGGGAUGGCCAGGAGCAGGAGAGGGACUCGUGUCAUAAAUCAGGGCCAGGGCUCGUGUCUGAGAGCCCGCAGAGGACAACUCAUAGUGGAGCUGGUGUUGCAAGUUGUGAGAGAGGGGAAGUUUUGUCAGGGGAUGGCAGCCUACAACAGACAUGUGUCCUGGGCCCCGGUGAUGGAUGUGGCACGAAGCCAGAUGGGAAUGCUAAUGAGAUCCAAGGUGUCGACGCAGACUGCUAUAAGGGGAGACCCGGCUCUGGUGGGAGCUCAUUAGGCAGCGUGUCCCACCUGCAGAGAAGCGGAGGAAGUGGCUCCUUGUCGGUCCUCCCACAGACCGGCACUUAUUCUCAGCUCGACAGAAAACCACUUAGCAGUCAGGUGGCCUGCUGUCCACCCAAAGACGCUGCUUUCCAGGACCGGUACAGUUGUGGCGAGACGGAUGAAACUGGAAGUUUGAAGGAGAUCAAGGGAGCUGCAGAAAACCUAGUUAGAAAACCAGGGCUGGGCUCCUUUUUUUGCAAAGUUUCCUGUAUCGUCCACAACGCACGGAGUUUCCUUCAGAGGUCUCCAGCAUUUCUGCACCAGUUGACAACUGAGAAAUUGCAACCUGUUGGCGCCUGCCUGUCCAGCUGUGUGUUGUCUAUAGUGAAGGACAGCCACAUCCUCUCCAUGGUCGGAGGCAGCUUUGCCUUUUCUCUCAUCAGUAAGACUCCCGUUUUCUCUGCUGUGAAAGGCCUGCCUCUCGUACAGCACAUCCAAAUGAAUAUAACUCAUCACCUUCAGCCCAAUGAGGCAGCUCUUAUGAUUCAAGACUGCAGUAAUCCCAGCAACACACAACUCUCAGCCCAGACGCCAAGACAAACCGUGACAGAGAAAUUGGGAGGCGAUGUGCUGCAAAUCUCGGAGGAUUUCUGCAAGAGAGAUUUGCAAUCACCAGAAAAGCAAGAUGGGAAUAAUAUUCAAAUAAAACGAGAAGACAAAACUAUUCCAGAGCCUUUGCUGCCAAAACAAAGGCUGCCUCUCUCUUACGGCAAAGGCUGCAGCACAAAGGUUUUCCAAGCAACUGAAGAUGAAGAUCAGACGGGAACUGUUGACGUUUGCAUGCAAACAUUGAUCAAAUAUCCUAACCCGCUUCUGAAGCUCCAGACUCUGCCACCGGGAGAGCUGAUGGGUGUUGUACAAUCACUCUCCUCUUCGGCGCCUACCUCCCAGAGCAUUGUAGCGCUUCACUGGUUGAACGUAGCCAAAUGUGGGCAACCAGAUCCCCAGCCUGGCCUCGUGAUUCUGACAAAAACUGAUCUCUACGCACUGACUGCCAACUCUGGGCCCCUCGUCUUGUUCCAUCACCUCCCCUUGUUGCAGCUGCGGGACGUACUGAUGGGCUUUGCUGGCCAAAGUUUACGUUUAAUGGGCACUACAGAGGAAAGCGUCCUGGGUGUUUAUGCUCACAGCCAGAAGCAAACCAAAGAGCUCUGCUGGGCCAUACUAAAUGCUGUCUGUUGUGGGGACAGCAGGAUAUAUCAGUACCGACUGCUGCAUGAAAACUUGAUGAAGCUAUCCCUAGAGUGUGAAGACUUUGUGCCCGACCUGCUGCUGGACUGUGGUUUAAGGCUUUACUGUCAAUUUCAGAGGAGUUUGACUGAACUGCUGUAUCUUAUUUAUUGUAAUAUGGAUCAAGUGGCAGUCACUAUAGGAGAGUUGGAGCUAUUGAUGUACACGAGUGUGGCCGUGCACAUGAGGUGUCAUAUUCAUAGUGAACAGAUGGCCCAGUUCUUUCUUACUGAUACCCAUCUUGGUCUGGCAAGAGAGGAUGUUGUGUUUUCAGGAGCAAAGUUCCCUCAGUUUGACAUUUUGACUCUUUGUCGGUGCGCGGAUGUGCGCUGCAUUCUGGUGCACGAUGAAGACGGCAGCGGAUCCGUCAGGCUGGAUGUAAUCGUUGGAAAAGCAAGGGCCAGGGGUCACCCUGAGAGCGCGACGAAGCCUGAUACCCCGUCUGAACAUCCUUUCAAUUCAUCUCCGCACGCAGAAGUGUGGAAAUUAACUUUCAGUAGCUCCGCGGAGGCCACCUGCCUGAUUAAUCACUUGUCAAACUUCUGAUCAAGGAGUGAACGGUUGGUAAUGAACAGCCCAGCUUGAAAACUCUCUCUCUUACUGGGAGCAGUGGCAAAAAGUGCAUUCUAACCAGACACUGCAAAGGAUGACUUCUCCCUUUAAUGACAGAGAAAACAAUGACCUACUUUAAAGUUUUUGAAUAAUUUUAUUUCUGUCAUAUUAAUGUCAAAUGGCUUCUGCACUCUGAAUUUUAUCUUUAAAACACUUGAAUAUCUUAUCAUUCACUGCUUAGUUUGGUGUAAUUUGUAAUGUUUUUUAAAUUACUAUUUGAUGUCUUGGCAUUGGGGAUUAAACAUGUCUGUUACAUUAAUAGGUUUUGUAUUUUGUAUUGUUUUUACGUCUGAUAAAAUGGAAAAUAAGGUGAUAUGUUCUGUUAUAAUGUAUUUUAUAAAAAAAAGUAUGUGAAUGUUUAAAAUAAAAGUUGAGUCUACUUCUGCUUUUGAGGUC